AUGGAGUCCCAACCUACCGCUAAGGCGUUACAAAGUGAGUUUUCCUUCUAUGAAACUCUGAGUCACCUCUGGCGAGAUCCCCCCGUGGUUUACUUGACACCCGCUAAUACCAGGUAUCCGGCAGAUCGCAUCAACACCGAUAUUUCGCAACUACUACAGCGAUUUGAGAAUAUCAUGGCUACCGCCACUGUUGAUAACCUAAGCUACACCUCAACGGCUGUGGAAACAUACCAGCUAGAUGUGGAAUCGACUGCACUGAUCCGCGCUGCGGAAGACCUCCUCGGCCUAACCCGAACAAUGAAAGAAACAUGGCUCUUCGGAAAGCUGGAUACACUCGGUGAAGAUGAGCGCGACGUCCAGCGGAGAGAAAAGCUGGAGCAGGAUGCGCAGGCUGUGCAGAAGGCUAUUGAUGGUGGGCUGUUGAUGCCCUCUGUCGAGAGGUGA